CCGCGGCGGAGACGCGAUGCCGCCUAAGAAGAAGCGAGGUUUACCCCCCGGCGCGCUGCACCACGUGGAGCGGAAGCAUUUCAAGGUCCUGUUCUGCGGCAAGGAGUUCCCCGCGGGAGCCGAGGAGACCCGCAAGGCGCUCGAGAAGCACGAUGCGGUGGGCAACUGCGAGUUUCGUUUCGUCGCGUGCGCGCGCGAGCAGGUGGCGACGGAGAUCGUCGACGCGGACGUGGCGGUGCCCCUGAUGACCAAGAUCGACGAGACCCUUCUGGCGAAGGCGCCGAUCCUGAAGCUGGUGCUGCAGUUCGGCGUCGGCUUGGAGGGCGUCGACGAGGAGGCGUGCACCAAGCGGGGCAUCCUCCUGGCCCGGAUCCCGUCGGAGAAGACGGGCAACGCGGACAGCACCGCGGAGAUGGCGGUGUUUCUCCUCCUCGCCGGGCUUCGCAGGGUGAACCAGCUGGCGAAAUCGCUGACGGAUCGCAGGCUGGGCGAGCCCGUCACGGUUCAGCUCAAAGGCAAGACGGUGACCAUCGUGGGGUGGGGACACAUCGGCAAGGAGGUGGCCAGGCGCCUGCGCGCGUUCGGGUGCAAACUUCAGGCGGUGCGCAAGUCGGAGUGGCCCAAGGAGGAGUGGGACUUUCUCCUCUACGACGAGGGAGUCAGGCCGCUGGACGACGUCAAGUGGAUCAAAAACUCCGACGCCGUCGUCCUGUGCUGCAACCAGACCAAGGAGAACAUGGGCAUGAUAAACGACGAGUUCAUCGGACACAUGAAACCGGGCGCCGUGCUGGUGAACAUCGCCAGGGGCGGUUUGUUCAACAGGGAACACGUCCUCGCGGCGCUCGACGACGGACGGCUGGGGUACCUGGCGUCCGACGUGGCGUGGCAGGAACCGGUGGACCCGAGCGACCCGCUGGUGGCGCACGAACGAGCGUACUUUACACCGCACGUGGGGGGGGUCACGGACACGUCCUACGCGACGAUGGGCGCCAUAGUCGCCAAAGCGUGCGCGUCGCUGCAGGCGGACCCGUGGAUGGGGGAGAGCUGCGUCGUGGGCAUCAGCCCCGAGCUCAGGUACAUGGUGGACGAGAUCAUGAUCGUCAACGCGAACCUGCCGGCGUUUCCGGGAAUCACCGGGCCGUGCGUCGACUUCGAACAGUGUCGGAAACGGUGCAGGUGUUGACGCGCAUCCGCCGUCCGUCGAUGAUUCGUCGAUGAUUUGGUUAUAAGUGUUAUAAGUGUUACGCAUUCAAAGCCU